AUGUGGAUCCUCGAAUCUAAUGACGACUUCCUCCAAGGAAAACGUAUGUGGCUCAAGCCUGGGCAGAAAUACCUCUUUGGUCGGGUAAAGAGAGAAGGAGUCCAGUUUGCCAUCGACCACAAGACUGUUUCAAGGAAGCAUUUUAUCAUAGAGGUAGAUGCGGUCAAAGAAGGAGAUGUGGCACACAUACAUGCCCGGACGACGAUCAGAAUCCUGGAUCAGAAAUCCAAGAGUGGUACUGCCAUCAACGGGGAAAUCAUCAAGGGAACUUCGAAGGAAUUGAAGAGCGAAGAGAACUCGAUCCGGCCUGGAACCUGUCCUCAUGAAAUCAUUAUAAGAUGGCAACCAUGUGUGCUCACGUUCAACCUCCUCAAGAAGGAGAUCAAGUCUGGCAUCCUUAAAGCCAAACAAACCAAGGUUCAAGGUCUGGACAUCAAGGCCAUUGGCGACUUUGUUCCUGAGCAUACAACACACGUGGUGGCAAACAAGAGGAACACCGCAAAGGGCUUGCUGGCAUUGGUCACAGGAAAAUUCUUGGUGGCGGAGUCGUACCUUGACGCCUUGGAAUAUGCGGCCACGCCCACGAACUUGAGCCAGGAAGAGAACCUUUCCCUGCUGGAGACCGACUUUGAUAGUGCAUGGCCUGAUCCGAAAGAUCACUUGCCUCCUCCGGGGAGAGAGCCCACCAUCCGACCAGCGGAAGCAUACCAGCCUGAUCCAUCACGUGAGACCGUUUUUGAAGGCUACACAUUCGUCUUUGGUGACCAAACUCAGUACGACAAUCUUCUCCCUGUCAUCAGCAGUGGUCAUGGUAAAGCACUGUUAUUUAAAGUGAACAACGGCGAAACGACAGCAGCAGAACUGAUGGAAUUUCUACAACAUGCUGCCGGCAACAAGCGACCAGAUGAUAACAAUGGUUGGGCGAACGUUAGAGUCAUUCUGGUGCGAUGGCAGGGGAAAGACGAGAUGCAUGACUGGACAAACACCCUGAUCAAUGAGAUUGCCUUGAAGAUGGAUCAACGAGCAAUCGACCAAUCGGAGUUUCUAGACGCGAUAUUGGCGAACGAUGCCAGUUUACUGCAGCAGAGCAUCCCUUUUGAGAGCACCACUGAUGGGAUAAGAGCUCCCCCGGCUUCGGUGGUAAACCCGAUUGCUACACAAAAGUCCUCCGAAGCCCGCGAGGCUGUUGGCCGCCCAUCUCAGAGACUGGAGAAUGGACAGUCACGGGCAGGUUCGGGACCGCAACCAAGAGUCAACUCUGUUUCAGAUCCUGUGUCUUCUCAACCUCCCGCCCAGGGUGCGUCUCAAACCAGCACUACCGAACAGAGGUCGACACGCCCGUUUUCAGGCCCUCGCUUUACACAAGCUAGCCGAUUCAAGAACUUUGAUGACGGCUUCGAUCCUGAUGCCAUCGGUGAUUAUGAUGAUGACGAAGAACAGGAGGCGUCUGACCCGGAAAGUGACCCCGAACCGACGAUGCGCGUGCAGUCAUCGACGGUAAAAGAAGAACCGGAGCCGACCGCGAGGAAACGUUUACGUUCUCCAUCUGAAGAGCCGAGAGAUACAUUUGCUGAAGAAAUCAAUGAUCUCCUUCCAGCAGCCACGGCCUUCAAGCGACGAAAGGUUGCCGAAGCGGAAGCGAAUGGUACAGUUGGAGAUGCGGGCAACGCUAGCUCACGGCGAGCUGCAGUGGAGAGAGUGAAGAAAGAUCCAGAGAUUGAUGUGCGCGAGAUUGUCAAGGCGCAAAGGGAAGAAAAGGAAAAAGCUGCGCGGAGAGAGGAAGAGGAGCUGGAAACUGGGCCGACCUCCAUUGAGGAUAGGGCGCCGGCGAAUCUCGUUACAAUUGUCACAAUGGAGCUUCCCGUACGAAACAAAUCCAAACAGACUAUCAGAACCAACGGCGAGCACGGUGAGAACUGGGACCCGAGAUGGAACGGCCGAAAGAAUUUCAAAGGUUUCCGCAGAAAGGGCGAGGCGCCACAACGAAGGGGCCAUGCCAGAAAGGUCAUUAUACCGCUUGUCGAGGUCAAGGGCAAUACGUAUGGGCUUGGUGAGCAGUACUGGGAGAAAACGCAGGAAGAAAAGGAGCGAGAGAAGGAACGAAAAAAGAAAGAAGAAGCCCGGAGUCAAAGAACCCAAAGUCAGACGCAGCGCUCAAGUGGAACCAGAUCGUCAGGAAUGAGGGCCGUUUCUGAUGAUGAUGAGGAGGACAACGACGACGACGAUGGCAGUUUUGGCGGAGCUCCAGACCAUCCCGCUUCAACGAGCCCAACCAUGACCCGACUUCGGCGUGAGGCAGCUGAGAUUGUGCACUACGAUAUCGACCCAGACACGCCCAGAAGGACGCGUGCCGAUGACAGGAGUCAGGCGUCUACUGUACGAGCAGGAGCCGACCACCCCACAUCGCAGAGGCGAUCUCAGGUGGCAGCAUCGACCGCCAACACUGCUUCGACGUUCGGGAAGAGAGCUGCGGGUUCGCUCACAAGUACUAGGGAGGCGAAACGGCAGAAGACGCUGCCUGUCACCGUCAUCCACGAGAAAGAUAGUGACGAUGAUGACAGCGAUGAUCUGAAGUUCCGGUUUGGCUCGAAGGCCCGCAGAGGCAGGGGUGCGCGUGGCAGAGGGCAGUAA